AUGUCGACUCACAAAGCCCUGGUGAUUCACGCCCGGGACAAGCCACUCGUCCUUGAAACCGUCCCCCGCCCCGUCGCAUCAACCGGCGACGCAAUCGUUCGCAUCCUAGCUGCCGAUAUCGUUCCCUACAUGGGAGACGUGAUAAGUAACAGACGUCCUUACCCGCUCUCUCUGCCCAUGACGCCGGGGAAUACCGCCAUCGGGCGAAUCCACGAGGUCGGACCGGACUCCGUUGCCCUCACACCAGGUCAGCUCGUCUUCUGUGACAUUACCAUCCGCGCCCGCGAUAAUCCCGCUGUCUCUAUUCUCUACGGUAUCCACGGGGGCGGAUAUCCCGCGGCGCAGAAACUCAUGGACGGAGUUUGGCGCAACGCGACGUACGCCGAGUACACGCGGUUCCCUUUGGAGAAUCUGUACCCCCUUAAUGAGGAGAUUCUUCUUGCGAAACUGGGAUACAGCAUCAACGAUCUCUGUCUAAUGCCUGUGUGUCUCGUUCCGUUUGGUGGUCUUUCAGAGGUCAACGUGAAACCCGGCGAGGUGGUGAUCGUGGCCCCCGCAACAGGGCGGUACGGCGGCGCUGCUGUUAGCAUUGCAUUGGCAAUGGGCGCAACCGUUAUCGCUGCCGGGCGGAACGUGGCUGCGCUGGAGGGGCUUGAGGACAUUCAUGGCACCAAUCGGCUACGGACUGUCCGGAUCACUGGUGAUGCGGCCGCUGAUACAGAGUUGUUGCGUGCAGCGGCUGGGAAGCCGGAUGGAGCAGAUGUGUACCUCGACCUUUCGCCACCAGCGGCCCAGGGAUCAUCGCUGCUGGCGUCUGGCAUGCGGGCAUUGCGUGCGUUCGGUCGAUGCGUCGUGAUGGGGGGUAACCCGGGGAAUAUCGACUUUCCUUACCUUGAGAUCAUGUUCAAGAGCAUUCGGAUCCAGGGGCGGUUUAUGUACGAUCGCCAGCAUGUGUUGCAGAUGAUCCAGAUGGUCGAAUCCGGAUUGCUUCCUCUUGGUAAGAAGUCUGGUGUCACUCACACGGAGGAAUUUGGGCUCGAGGAGAUCCAAGAGGCAUUGGAGGCGGCUGCGAAGCUGAGUGGUUGGGGUAGGCAUGUGGUGCUGAAGCCAUAG